AUAGCAAUAUAAUCGAUGCUGGAGAGCGCUUGUUGCACGACGCGCGGUUGAUAGUGCUGACACCUACCGGCCAGUUUGUCUACAUCAGCAACGCGUCGUGGCGCGUGCAAACAGUCGUCUGUUCGUGGAGGCAGGUGGAUAAAUAGGAGCACCAUCAGAGAACGACUCCCUCUCGUGGUGGCAAGGAGUAAACCCAACUGUCCGAAUAAUGUGAACUGAACAAUGGUGGACGCAGAACAUCGCAAUAGGAUAGUAUUCCUGGGAGCCGGAGGGGUUGGCAAGACCUCCAUCUUGAAAAGGUUCCUCAAUGGGGAAUACUCCGAUACCUACGAAGAAACGGUGGAGGACCUUUAUCCAGCAGAAUAUGACGUCAGAGACACCCAUCUAUUGGUGGAUUUUCUGGAUACGGCGGGAAACAUCGCGUUCCCAGCAAUGCGCAGACUCUCGAUAGCCAACGCUCAGGCCUUCGUUCUUGUGUUCUCCAUUACGGACAUUUCAACAUUCGAGGAAGUGAAACAACUGUGGGAGCAAAUUAAAGAAGUGAGGACCACCUAUGAAACCAUUCCUUGUGUUAUUGUCGGCAACAAGUUGGACCUUGAGAACAACCGGCAGGUGGAGAAGUUCGACGCCUUAAAUUGGGCGUACAGUGACAACCUCGGCAGUGCUUUUGUGGAGGUGUCCGCCAAAGAUGACGACUCCAUUAAGGAUAUUUUCAAAAUGCUUUUGGAUCAGCUAAAGACUCCGCGCUCGAAAUAUCCGAACAAGUUCAUGAUCCGGCGAUCCAGUACAAAUUCUAUCGAGCCUGGGGUUCACGAGGAAACAGAGACCGAUGAUCUCAAGAUGCAACGAAGUCGUAGCCUUAUUCGACGGGGAAGCAAGCCAAAAAUGAAGCGGUCCUCCCGUGGAAACAAAAAUGAUUGCUCUGCAUCUUAGUGUCUGCAGCAAUGCACCAUUCACUACCUUUAUUGAUGCAGUAGAUGGGAAAUGGUAGUACCCCCAUAAUCAGCGGCGAAACAUUCCAUUCUUUGUCCGAGCUCUGACUUAACUGUGUAUAGAACUGUGUUCGUAUGGAUAAUUUUCUCGUUUUCAAAUGUACUGGUGUUUUUUUUUUUUUUUUUUUUGUUUUGUUAUUUUCACUGUGCAAGGAUCAUGAACGCUGCGUUCAUUUUUUAAAUGUAUUUUGUAUAAUCGAUGUGACUUUAUGUAUUUCAAAAGGUUAAUUACACAAUUUACUUCUUUAUACGGAUUUGUAACAAUUUUAAACUUGCCAAAUUAAAUUAUUGGUUCAUCUGGGAAUGGUUGCAUGAUUUCAGCAAAUACAUGUACUAGUACUUUAGGGCAAAGUUUCACGUGACACGUAUUAAUGUGGACACACUCAACAAAUAUUGCUUGUAUCCAACACCGGCUUACUAUUGCGUCGGGGUAUUUUGGUAGAUGCCUUUCAAAUGUCUAGUCUACCUUUAUUGGCGUUUUAUAUUUUGACAGUUAAUCAGUUCAUAACCUAGAGAUCUUGCUUUGUUAAAUGAUGGCCUAUAUUUUAAGCAUUUUAUUAUCAACCUGAAGUUAAAAUUUAAGUGUGCGCCAGAACCCCAUACAUGCAUUUACUAUAUUUAGCAGAAACUAAUAAACAAACGAAAAUAGGCACACAUAAUUUGCACAUGUAUGUUUAUGCAUGACAUUUAGCAAUGUAUUUGUUAUAGCGGAAACUUUCCCGCCAAAAAAGAUAAAAACGGUAAAAGAAUACAUACACAGCAAAAUGCAAUUCGGUAAAUAAAGGCCCUACGAAGCUCAUGAUGGACAAGGAUAUGGGUCGAACUUUAAUGCUAACCUUCGCACCAACGAUUCCUUUCAAAAUCUGUCAUUAUUUCUUGAAACUGCGAGUAAAUCUUAUUUUAGUUACAAAAGCAAGUAGAAUCAAGAUGGAAUCACAGUUUUGUUCUUACUGCUAAAGCUCAACAUUUGGCUUUGCAUUUAAUAAUAGAAUAAGCAUCUUAAUUUUUAAACUCUACAAUAUCUAAGAGUCACCAUUUAACAGGCUUUGAACCGAGGAAACAAAAUAAUUUGGACUCAACACCAACGCAUCUAGCUAUACCCCGGCCCCGUAAUAAUGAAAAGGAAAAUGUUUUGUAUUUAAUCCUCAAUGUCUAUGGUUAAAAAAAACUACUAAACUUUUAACACAUUCUUUAAUAGAUUUGAUAUAUGCUAAAUACACAGUUUGGUGUUUAGUUUUCCUCACAUUUUACAUAUUAAGAAGGAUUCAACCCAACGUUUAUUAAACAGAGGUUUUCUAGCAAGUUUCCUUCUACAUAUAUUUAUGUAAAUAUCACUUUUGCACGGUGAAAAAGUAGAAAAAAUAUCAAGUUCACCAUAUAAAUAUCUACAGUUUUUGUCAUCAACAUUUUGUGGAAAUUGAGUAUAUAUACUGGUAUAUAUAAACACAUCUAAUGAUUUAUUUACUUGUUUAUUCAUCAGUUAUCUUGGUAUUGUUGUGUGCUUCACAUCUCAAACAGAAUCUUUUUUAUAUUGGAUUUUCAGGCCUUUGCAGUCUGACAUUGAUUUUGGUGAAGUAUAAUAUAAUAAUUCAAUAUUUAUAUCAGACACUGUAUAAUAGUUAAGUGAAUAGAAAAUGAUAUCUAAAAUAAAUAAAAUAGCAAUGAGGAUGAAUAAUAAAUGAAAUUCAAUGCUAAGUUCUGGGUCCCUGGUAUGAUACAACUGGUUGUGAAACUUACAUAAGAUCAAUAGAGACGAAAUCAACAAGUCAGCUGAUGAUGAGAAGGACUGGUUGCUUUUUUU